AUGCACACUUACACCGCAGCUGCGUUGUCAGAGCACCACAAGAAGGUCAUGCAAUCCCCGCCGACAGAGGCGCAACUGAAAUUGCGGCACGCCUUCGUGGCAGACUACAUGCUCGCCGACAUUAACAGCGCCACCGACCCCGAGCUAUGGAGCAUCAUCCACGGCUGGAUGAAAGACCUGGACCUCUACUUCUUCGCGGGGGCACUGCUGUCCCGGGACGGAGAGGAGCCAUUCGUCAAGCUCACCCUCCUCGACAGCACGCCCUUCAGUCAGGAUUAUAUUGGAAGUUCGUGUUUGGCCUCGCCGGUGAAGGAGAUCAAGAUAUGGCGGCGUAUGCAUAAGGUGCUAGAAAGUAAGCCACAGCUCCUCCAUACAGCAGCGCACGAGCUCAUCCACUCGUAUCUGAAUACGUUCUGUAACUUGUGCGUCGAAAGUUUUUUCGCAGUCAAAUGCGAGCGACGGGACGGCCAUGGGCCACUCUUCCACGAGAUAAUGGAUGACAUGGAGGAAAGCAUACGUAGUUGGGAUGCCGCACUGGCGGAUGUGCGCUCCGACCCCCGCAGAGACGCCCAUAUUUUCGAGGGCUCUUACUUGCAGUUCGUCGGCCGCUUCCCACCACUGCGAUGGGCGUGGAAUCGCCGCAUCGGGCCGGAGCGACGGGGUCUGGCUAGUUGGCCCCUGUCACUCGAGCAGAGGGAGACAAUCCGGCAAAGAUAUCCCGAGUACGUAGAUUUGCCCAGGGAGUGA